CUAGACAAGGUUUUGGCAAUAAGCAAAAUUCGAAAUGAUAUUCUUUAUUCCUGCAAAAUCAAAAAUACAAAAAAAUAUGAUAAUCGUAUUCGCUAUCUACAUAUUGCAACACCUAUAUUAUCAGAUGAUGAACCUGUUGAAGAAGAAUUAACUAUUACUGAUUUGAAUUAUCAAGUGAAUAAUAACAAAAAUAAAGAUAACGUUAAGGAUGCAGCUACCAAGUUCAGUAAUGUUGAGAAAGCAGAUACUAGGCCCAGUAAUGUUGAGAAAGCAGCUAUUGGGAUUAGUAAUAUUGAGAAAGCAGCUACUAAAUCUAGUAAUAUUGAGAAAGCAGCUACCAGAUUUAGUAAUUGGACAAAUCAGAAUUUUGAAAAUAAAAAUUUAGUCACAGAAGAAGAACAACAAUGGAAAAAUACAAUUAACAAAUAG